AUGCGCGCGACUGAGGCACAACGCCGCUCGGAAACGUCCACUGAGCUGUCCAGUGACUACAGCAGUUUCUGCUUUCAGCUUGUUGUAACGGUGAAGCGCAUGCUCAUCCUGCAGUCCCGCGACCCCUUGUCGUUGGCGUGCGAGCUCAUCACGCCGAUUAUCUUUCUUGUCAGCUCCAUUGCCCUGUGGGGCGUCAUCAAGAAGGGCUUCGUCCCGGCGUCUGAUUACUUCAGCGUAGCGGGAGAGUCUAUGACGAAUACGGUGAUGACGCAGGCGAAGGACAUGAUGUGCUACAACGCGACACUCUCCGGCGGUGUCCCGAUCGAGGGCCUCCUGGAGUGUCGCGAGUUCCUGAGAAAGCCUUUAACGCACCCGAGGCUGUUGUGCGCUGAGAACAACCUCACCGGCGCCCCGGUGGGUCUCUGCGUUCUGCAGACUUACGCUUUGAAGUCGUAUUUUACGAUGAGCCGCUAUGUGACACAGAACACGACCCGUGUGCCGACGGUGGACGAGAUGAUCUUGCUGCAGUGGGCAUGGCGCCUCCUUUACCAGCAGAGCGGUGCCUCGUUAGACCGUUUCCAGAUGCUGGACUCCGCCAUGUUAUCCACCGGCACCCUCUACUUUGCGCCGCAGUCUACUGAGACGGAGGCGCUCGUUGCGUACUUCCGCAACACCUCCACCUAUUUCCAGUACGUCUACGGCGGCACCUUCGCCACAGUGGCAGAGGCGGAAGCGAGGGUGCAGAACCGCACCUGCCGCGACCCGCCCAUCUGGGGUAUCAUUCAAGUGGGCAGCUUGACAGCGGAAAAUUUCGAGGUGGCCAUUCGCCUGAACGCCACAGCGCUGCCACAAACGAAGUGGAUGUCGGCACUCUACUACAUCGGUGGCGUGGUGGUGAAGGGGCCGGCCAUGUACAUCCUCUCCGGCUUCACGACGCUGCAGCAGACCGUGUACCACUACUUCCUGAGAGGGGUACUCGGUACGACAAGCACGCCGGAAAAGGAGCUGCUGCUGCUUCCCGCGCCGACACGCGGCUACAGGGACGAUCAGUUUCUCGCUUACGGUGGGCAGUUUGUGCCCCUUAUCCUCGUGCUCGGCUUCCUGUACCCGGUGUCGCAGAUAACCAAACGCGUUGUCCUGGAGAAGGAGCUGCGCUUGCGGGAGGCGAUGCUAAUCAUGGGGCUGUCUGAAGUGGUCAUGUACACGGCGUGGUUCUUGAUUUACGUGGUGCAGUACGCGGCCGUCUCGCUCAUCAUGGCGAUUCUGCUGCGGGCGACGUACUUGGCGAAGUCGAACUUCGGCAUUGUCUUUUUCCUGUUCUUCUUUUACUCACUUUCCGUCAUCACGUUGUCGGGGCUCAUGGCGGUGUUCUUCAACAAGGCGCGCCUGUCGGCGAUCCUGGCGCCGCUCAUUUACCUCGCCUUGUCGAUUCCGCUCUUUACGGUGCAGAACUUGCAGGGUCCCGCGCAGACCGGAUUCUCUUUUCUUUCGCCAUCCGGCCUCGCUGUCGGCAUCGGGAUCCUCUUCUCGCACGAGCUGGGCAGCGGCAUGUCGGCCUCCGACUUGACCUACUUCCGUGACUCGCCGAAAAUGCUUGCGGUGAUCAUCAUCUUGUUUAUGGACUUCAUCAUUUACUUGGUGCUGAUGCUGUACCUCGACGCGGUCCUGCCGAAGCAGUGGGGCACCCGCAAGCACCCGCUCUUCUUCAUCACGGAGCCGGUGCGGUGGUGCUGCGGAUCGAGCGCGCGCGUGCUGGAGGGUGGCGCCGACGGGCGCGCCGAGGAUGGUGUGUUCGAGGACGUCGAAGAACGCGAUGCUGACUACGCCGUUCGCAUCAGUGGACUGCGCAAGGAGUACUUGCGCGGCGGCAAGAGGUUCGUUGCGGUGAACAACCUGUACUGGGGGAUGCGCGAGGGCGAGAUCUCUGUGCUGCUGGGGCACAACGGCGCCGGCAAGACGACGGUGCUGAACAUGAUGACGGGGAUGGUCGAGCCGGACGCGGGCGACUGCUACGUCUACGGCAAUUCUGUCCGCAACGAGCUAGAGAAGGUGCGGCAGCAGAUCGGGUACUGCCCGCAGCACAACAUCCUCUGGCCGAACAUGACGUGCUACGAGCACCUUUGGUACUACGCGGCGUUGAAGGGCUUGCGAGGCGCUGCGCAAGAGGAGGCGAUCUCGCGCAUGCUCGCCGGCGUCGACCUGCAGGACAAGCGCGAUUGCUCCUCGACGAUGCUGUCGGGCGGGCAGAAGCGGAAGCUGUCGGCUGCCAUUGCGUUUGUCGGCGGCAGCCGUCUUGUGUUCCUCGACGAGCCGACUGCCGGCAUGGACGUUGGCGCGCGGCGAUACACGUGGGGCCUGCUGCGUGCCAUGGCCAAGUGCCACACCAUCCUUCUGAGCACGCACUUCAUGGACGAGGCGGAUCUGCUGGGCGAUUCCGUUGCCAUCCUGAACAAGGGCUGCCUGCAGUGCGCGGGCAGCAACAUGUUCUUGAAGGCGAAGCUCGGGGUCGGCUACGUGCUCACCCUCUCCGUCGUCGCCCAUGCUAAUUGGAUGGCCGUUGCCGGCGUGGUGAGGGAGCACGUGCCGUCAGCGACAAGGCUCGGGUCUGGUGCGGGAGAGAUGGCCUUCCGUCUUCCCAUGAGGACCAAGGCAGCGUUCCCCGCCCUGCUUGCCGAGAUCGAGGGCCGCGGCUCGCAGCUUGGCGUUAACGCCUACAGUGUCUCUGCCACGACGCUGGAGGAGAUUUUCAUUCAGAUUGCGCAGCAGGGGGCGGCCAAGGAAGAGAUGGAGCGGAAGCGGGAGCAGUUGACGGCGCCGUUCACCGCGACGACACGAGUGGCUGCUGCGGCAUCUGCGGGCUCAUCUGAAAACUACAUGAACGCGGUGACCGACAUCGCCACCGUGGAUGGUGUUUACCAGGAACCACCGCAGCCGUCGGAUGUGUGGAAUGUCGGCUUCAUCGGGAAUGAUCUCGGUGUCUUGCGCAGCCAGUUCAAGGCGAUGCUGUGGAAGCGGCUCUGGAAUGUCUUGCGCGACCGCCGGACGCAAUUCUUCCAGAUUGUGUGCCCGAUGCUGUGUGUGCUGCUUGCAAUGCUACUCAUGCUCAUCAAGUUAUUCCUAUCCCCAGCCAUCACGCUCUCCAGCGACCUAUACGGCACAGCGGUCGAGAUCGACGUGGUCGGAUGUGAGCGGGCCAUGAACUUGAGCAUACCAUUCUCGUCGAGAGCCGUUACGGUGCAGCCGCCAUCCGCGAUAUCCAUCGCAACGCUUUCCUCCUACAUGCUCAAAACGUACGACACUCACGUGGCGGAGCGGUACACCGGCCUAGUGUGCCUCGACACGGUGAGUUUCCCGGCACCGUUCGCGCCAGCAAGCAGGCCCGUCUCGGCCGUGAUCUACAACACCUCGGGCCUGCACUCCAGCGCGAUCGGCCUCUACAACCUUUACAACGGCUACUACAUGCGGCUCCGCGGCAAUAACGCCCGUGUACUGACCACCGUCGUCGAAGCGAUGCCCAGAACCAAGACCGAGGUCGAAGCCCAGGAUUCGAUCUACGCCCUUAUCGCCGCCAUCGUCAUCAUGGUCCCGUUCACGUUCAUUCCGUCCACGUUCGUGUCGUGGAUUGUAAAGGAGCGGGAGUGCAAGGCGCGACAUCUGCAGAACGUGUCGGGGCUCUACUUCUCCGUCUAUUGGCUCGCGAACUUCUUGUUUGACAUCUGCUGCUAUGUCAUCACGAUGUUCCUCAUCCUCAUCGUCUUCGCUAUCUUCAGCCACAGUGAGUACAUUGGUGCGAGGGCUGUCGGCGCCACCAUCGUGCUGUUGUUCCUCUACGGCCUCUCCGGCGUGGCCAUGGCGUACGCUGUGAGCUUCCUGUUCAAGGAGCACUCCGCAGCUCAGAACGUUGUCAUGCUCGCCAACUUUAUCACCGGCUUCCUGCUGGUUCUCUGCGUCUUGAUGCUGUCUGUGUUCGAUUCCACACACGAGCUGGCCAAAGUCCUACCGUGGAUCUUCCGCAUUGUGCCGAGCUUCUGCGUCGGCGAAGGCAUCAACAACCUCGCGAAGCUGAAGUUAGAGGGUGCGGUCGGCACAACAAACACACCGUGGUCCAUGUCCGUGGUAGGCUGGCCGUGCGUGUACAUGGCUGCCGGGUUGCCUUUCUACGUCGUUGUCACCCUCUUCUUGGAUCACCCCGGACGGCAGCAGCGGAUGCAGCGGCUCUUCCACAACCCUGACGCGGAGCCGGACUUUGUCAAGAACGAAGACGAGGACGUCGUGGCGGAGCGCCGAAGCGUGCUGGAGAGCGAGGCGCGCCAGAGCGACCUCGUGCGCGUCGAGAACCUGAGCAAGGUGUACUCGAACGGCAAGGUGGCGGUGCGCAGCAUCACCUUCGGCGUCCGCCCCGGCGAGGUGUUCGGGUUCCUCGGCACGAACGGUGCUGGUAAGACGACGACGAUUUCGAUACUUUGCCAGGAGAUUCACCCGACAAGUGGCCGCGCGUCCAUCUGCGGCAACGAUAUCGUGACGGAGAGCCGCGAGGCGCUGCGGUGCAUCGGGUACUGCCCGCAGUUCGACGCGUGCCUGGACCUGCUGACGGUGGAGGAGCACCUGGAGCUGUACGCGGGCGUGCGGGCCAUCUCGUACGACUGUCGCAAGCGCGUGGUGGAGGGGCUGCUGGCCUUGUGCGAGCUGACGAACUACAAGCAUACCCUGGCGCACGAGCUGUCCGGUGGCAACCGGCGCAAGCUGUCUGUGGCCAUGUCCCUCAUUGGAGGGCCGCGAGUGGUCUUCCUGGACGAGCCGUCGGCCGGCAUGGACCCUGUGGCGCGGCGCGGGUUGUGGACCGCAAUCGAGGCCGUCGCCGACAACAGCUCCGUUGUGCUGACGACGCACCACCUGGAGGAGGUGGAGGCGCUUGCGCAUCGCGUGGCGAUCAUGGUGGACGGCACCCUGCGCUGCAUCGGCGACAAGACUCAUCUGAAGAACAAGUUCGGCACCGGCUUCGAGGUGAAUGUGCGCAUCCGUUCCGAGGAGGAGGAGCUGAAAGAGGCUAUGCGUAACUUCUUCAGCGAGAACUUCCCGGGAUCCUUGCUGCGCGAGUACCGUGCACGCCGCUUCACCUUCGGGCUGCCCGGCGGCACGAAGCUGUCGAGGACGUUCAAGCUUAUGGAGGAGCACGCGUCGGCGCUGGGGGCGACGGACUACAGCGUGUCACAGACGUCGAUUGAGCAGGUCUUCAUGCAGAUCAGCGAGGAGGCCGAGCGGCAGCACGAGGCUGAGGAGGCGGAGCAGCUUGCCCAGACGCCGAAGAGCUACUGCAGGUGCUGCUGCUAG